CACGUUUGGAGUUUCUGAAUAGUUGUUUCGCUGGCGACGUUGAAAUAGCUUCUUUAACAGCUCACUUCCUUUCACAUUCUUCUUUUUCUUCUUUUUAUUAUAUAAAUCUCUGUUUCUCUCUGACAAAAACAUUCCAACAUCAGCAGAUAGAUAAUGGCCUCUCUCUUGGAAAAGGCAACUUCUGCUGUUAAUGAAGCCAAGGAAUCCGUCACAGCCAGCGCUGAAUCUGUCGGUGCUUCUCUAACUGAUGCUCAGAAAACCGUUGCAGCUUCCACUGAAACUGCCAGAACCUCUUUAACCGAUGCUGAGAAAACCGUUGCAGCCACAACUGAAACGGUCAAGACCGAGGCCGAAGCCGCGCCAGGGAAAGUGUCUGAUGUGUCCACACAGGCAAGAGAAGCUGUGGAAAAUGCUAUGUCAAGAGGUAUAGAAGGAGCCAAAUCUAUACUUCAUGUUUUGGAGGAGAAGAAGACUAAAGUUUCCUCCAAGCUUGUUGGAGCUGUUACUAAUGUUGUUGGCGGAGCAUCGAGUAGCAACACCGUUGCAAGCCGAGACCUUCCCAUAUCCACAGACAAUCAGCCUUUGUUAACUGGUGACCGUGGGGUUGAUACGACACCAUGGUGGAAAAACUGUUGUGGAGUUCUUGAUCUUCUCAAGACAUCUACAACAAAAUGAAAGGUCAAGCUGAUGAAGAAGAAGAACAGAGAGAGCACUAGAACAAAGAACCCAUAUGUAAAAUAUUUUUGAUUAUUUAUUUCCUUCCUUUUUUUGUUUUGGUUUGAGAUUGUGUCUAUGUGUCUUUGUUUAUGUUUUGUAUUUUGAUAUCUUGAUUGUUCACAUGAACUUGUGUAAAAUGUAAGAACCAAAAAACCCAAAAGCAAGUAAUUUCUUUUGUGAUGAGUGAUGGAUUAUAAGGAACUUCUAA